UAAGGAUAUUUUAAGUUUCUUAACUUUUGUACACAAAUUUUUUCUUACAAUGAAGUACCAGUUCCUUAAGGGAAGAAUGAAUAGCAGGAUUGAUCAGCUUCUUCGCUUUCUGUGUGGUGAUGUCCAAAAAUAUUACAGUUACCUGGAUGACCUCACAGAAACUGGACGAAUCAAAGGAGCAAACACUGAAGAGACCACUAAUGCCGCCCAUUCUAUGAUUGCAAAAGGCCUGGGUGCAAAAGUGGAGAUAAAAAAUGGAGUGUGUUUGGUUCCACCCGACACAAGCACACAAUGUCACAGUGUGGACUUGGUCAUGCACAAAUGCGAUUGCAAAAGAUUCCAAUGUGGAUGUGUGUGUAAACACUUAAUUUUUUCACAGAACAUUGCAGAGAAACAAGGACUUAUAAUUCAAGAUCUUGGGGCAGAAGUAGCAAAAAAAAUUGUUGACAGUGAAUCCUACCUCAGGGUCGAUGAAAACCUUACUGUCUACCACUCUGAUGGCAGUGUAGAAACUGUGAGUUGUAAAGGGACCAAAUUUUGCACAUGCAUUGCAAAUAGCCAUGGAGAGGUAUGUGUAUGUAUAUUGGUUCACAACAUUCUGUACCCAACAUCAUCUGAGAACAUACCUGAUGAUUCACACUGCUUUAGGUCCAGUGAGAGAAAACAAGUUACACUGCAAGCCAUGCUCACAGAUCUCCAUGAGUGGAGCAAAUCAGAAAAAUUUUGUGAGGGUAAUGAAGUGUACAGGUUAGUUGAAAGAGCACACAAGUUAGUUUUUUCACAGUUUAGUAAACUGUCAAGAAAAAGAAAAGUGACGGCACUUCAUAGUUAUUGUAAAAGGAUCAAAAAAGCAAAAGAUGUAGUCACUGUACCCUACAUGGUCAAAAAGAAGAAAAAACGUGUUUGAUCUUGUAGAGAUAAGAAAUGUUUCAUUGAUGAAACAAUCACUAUUUGCUUUGCCUAGCCAGAAUGUUUUUUUGUUUGUUUGUUUGUUUUUUCCUCUUGCUGCUACUGUCUUUUUUCAAUGAGUGUUGUACAGAUACUUUGUAUAAGAACAAAUUGAAGGAACAAAUAUGAAUUGUAAGUAAUUAAGAUUAAAAAAAAUAAAA